AUGGAUUACGGGUCACGCAGAGUUGAAGAGAAAUCUCCAUGUGGUAGGUUCGUUAGAUACAGUGACGUGUUAGGUGAAGGCGCUUUUAAAGAGGUGUACCUAGGGUUUGAUCAAGUUCAAAACAUUGAAAUUGCGUGGAACCAAAUAAGUUUUCAUGGAGAAGAUGGUAAAGCAUUAUUAAAAACACCAGAAAAGUUGUUCUCUGAGGCUGUUCUAUUGCAAUCUUUAAACCAUGAGAGGGUUAUGAAGUGCCUCUCUUACUGGUUUGAUUCCGAGGCAAAAACUCUAAACAUGAUCACAGAAUUAUUUCCUUCAGGCAGUUUGACAAAGUAUAUGUUAAAAGGUAAUAAUGGGAGUGGUGUUGAUUUGAGGAAGAUCAAGAACUGGGGUAGGCAGAUUCUUGAAGGUUUGAGCUUUCUUCACGGACAGAACCCGAAGAUCAUUCAUAGAGACAUCAAGUGUGACAAUAUUUUUGUUCAGAGUGGUGGGAAACAGGUUAAGCUUGGAGAUUUUGGUUUGGCGAUUCGUCUUAUGGAGGGUGAUUUCGGCACAGAGGUUAAGGGAACGCCUCAAUUCAUGGCUCCUGAGCUCUACGAUGGUGAAUACAAUGAACUGGUGGAUAUAUAUGCAUUCGGGAUGUGUCUUCUUGAGAUGGUUACAGGUGAAUAUCCAUAUAAGGAAUGCAACAAUCAAGGGCAAAUACUUAGGAAAGUGUAUAUCACUGGUGAAAAACCUGCAUCUCUUGGAAAGGUACAAGACUCGAGAGUGAAGUAUAUCAUCGAGAAGUGUUUACUUCCCAUGUCUGUUAGGCCAUCAGCAGACGAGUUGCUGGAAGAUCCAUUCUUUCUGUACAAUGGUGGAUCAUCAACAAUGGAGGCUUGUGCUCCUACUGCCAGUUUUGUAGUUAGUCAUCCUUUCAGGGGAAUACAGUGUUAG